UUUUGUAGGAAUCUGCACAGUCUGUGGACCGGUGCUGCAGGUGGACAUCAGAACCAGUUUUAGUCAGCCUUCUGGACCAAUAAGAAAUGGGAAAGAAUUGAUGAAAAGCCAGAAGAGAGGAAUAAGUCCACGACUAUCCAGAAAGUCUGGGGUUGGAUCUAAACAAACUAAAGACUUUGAGUGGCCUGAUAAAGUCUGAAGAUCUUCGGUUAGAACCUCAAAUGGAGGAAAAACGGACUUUUGUUUGGGUUUUUUGCCGAUAAUGACAACGUUUUGUGGGGAUCAGAGUCGUUUUUGUGAAACAACCUCUUCUCUCUUCAGGACCGCAGUGACCCGCAGCAGCCCCCAGACUAGAGCCGAGGGUUUGAUUCCCGCUGAAGGACAAAAAGGAAAGCCAGGCGUGAAAGCUCCGAGUGCGCGUGUUUGAACUGUGCGUGACAGCUCGUGUGGAGCACAAUAGCGGCUGCCUCUCUCCUCCUACCGCAGUCAAAGCCGCUGGAAAGUGCGCGACCUUUUCUUGCGCAAAGCCAGACCGAGUCCAGCUUCCAUUGUUCGGGUCACAUUCCCGCUUUGGAGACUUUAUCACUUCAUCGCCGCGCGGUCCUGUUUGAGCGGGCGCGCGGGGGGGCCUCACGGCCACGCCUCCCCCGCUCCCCUGGAUUGGCCCCUCCGUCUUCUGUCACUGCCACGAGUUUCCGCGUUUCUGCGCAUUUAAGUCCCGCAGCGCGUCCCGCAGCCUCCACUCCCAGACAGCAAGCAUGUCCGACCGCGGGACGUUCGACACCAACGUGGUCACCGUGACCCGCUUCGUGAUGGAGGAGGGACGGAGGGCCAAGGGCACCGGGGAGCUGACCACGCUGCUCAACGCGCUGUGCACGGCGGUGAAGGCCAUCUCCAGCGCCGUGCGCAAAGCUGGGAUCGCGCACCUUUACGGCAUCGCCGGCAGCACCAACGUGACGGGCGACCAGGUGAAGAAGCUGGACAUUCUGUCCAAUGACAUGGUCAUCAACGUCAUCAAGUCCUCCUUUACUUCCUGCGUUCUGGUGUCUGAGGAAAACGAGAAGGCCAUCAUCGUGGAGCCGGAUAAACGGGGUAAAUACAUCGUCUGCUUCGAUCCUCUGGAUGGCUCCUCCAACAUCGACUGUCUGGUGUCGAUUGGAACGAUCUUCAGCAUUUACAGGAAGACCACAGACGACGAGCCGUGUGAGAAAGACGCUCUGCAGCCGGGCAGGAACCUGGUGGCGGCGGGUUACGCCCUGUACGGCAGCGCCACCAUGAUCGUUCUCUCCACCGGCCAGGGAGUCAACUGCUUCAUGCUGGACCCGGCGAUCGGCGAGUUCAUCCUGGUGGAGCGCGACGUGAGGAUCAAAAAGCGGGGCAACAUUUACAGCCUGAAUGAAGGCUACGCCAGGGACUUUGAGCCGGCCGUCACCGAGUACCUACAGAGGAAGAAGUUCCCUGAGGACGGCAGCGAGCCGUACGGAUCGCGCUACAUCGGCUCCAUGGUGGCGGACGUCCACCGGACGCUCAUGUACGGAGGAAUCUUUCUGUACCCAGGAAAUGCCAAGAACCCAAAGGGGAAGCUGCGACUCCUGUACGAGGGCAAGCCUAUGGCGUUCAUCAUGGAGCAGGCGGGGGGCAUGGCCUCCACCGGCUUCGAGAACAUCCUGGACAUCCAGCCGGAGAGCAUCCACCAGCGCGCCCCGGUGGCGAUGGGCUCCCCCGAGGACGUCCUGGAGUACAUCGCCAUCUGCCAGAAGCACGCCAAGAAGUGAAGCCAGACGGUUUCCUCCACGUUGUUUUAUUCUGAAAAAGAUUUUUGUUAUGAAUGAAAGAAAGCUCAAAUGUGUGAAAAGCUCCAAAGGUUAAAGGACGAGCUGCAGCCGUGUCUUCAGGAAACGACCAGAUAAAGUGUCUGAAUGAACCUCCAUGGUUCCUGAACCUGCUGUUUCAGAGGAAAAGUCACAAUAAACUGCAGGACAACCUUUCUGCACCCAUGACCCUCUUUUAACAUGAAGACAUUUGGAUUAAACACCUAUUUUAUUUGUUUCAAACAUCCUAAAAGCAGGUUUCAUUUGACAGAAAAACAAUGGGUUUAAAAAGAAAGUCAAAUAUAUUUUAAAAGAAGCAGGAUAUUUUCAUCAGUCCGGUCCCCAUUUCUCAUUGUUUUAUCCAUUUGAACACUUUGUUUACCGUAAUCAGUGGAAAAACAGAAACUUUCACUACAAUUUAAGGAACGAAUAAACGAUUUUCCACCAUAAA